UUCAUAAACAAACAAACAGCUUGAUAUUUUUAUUUUCCACGUCCAUUUAAUUUUGUGUAAAAAAUAAUUUAAUUAGGUACAUUAAAUUAUUUAACAGAUCCGUGUUUAAAGACAUGUCUCGGGAAGCUCAAGAUGAUAUUGAUUUUCAAAAAUAUGCUGUUGAAUAUAACCCCAUCAAAAUUGGAUCUAUAGAUGGCACUGAUACGGAGCCUCACGACCGAGCCAUCGUACGGGCGCUGAACUCGGAGUACACGCCUAAUAAACUGGUACAAGGUGACCAACACUACACGAUUUUCAUCGGCAGGCUCAAUCCUAGAACUACACAGGAUACAAUAUUGGCAGAAUUUUCAAAAUUGGGUAAAGUCUUGUCGUGUCGCCUAGUAAAAGACAUAGUUACCGGGAAAUCGAAACAAUACGCGUUUGUAGAAUACGAGUCGUCCAGCAGCAUGGAGAAAGCUUUACGGGAAAUGCACAAGGAGUAUAUUGACGGAGCCGAGGUGCUGGUGGAGCGCGAGGCGGAGCGGCGGCUGCGGGGCUGGCGCCCGCGCCGGCUGGGCGGCGGCUUCGGCGGCCGCAAGCAGGCCGGCCAGCUGCGCUUCGGCUGCAGGGACCGACCCUUCAGGAGACCCUUUCUUAUAUCCUAAUAAACACUAUUACCACAAAUCCGGAUUUUCAGUCCUUACAAUCACAGUACAUAAAAUCGAGUAGGUCAUGAUACAUCAGUCAUUGUAAAUAAUGUUAUGGCUCAAAGACGAUGUGCAAUGUGUUUUGCAAAGAGUUCAGAGGAUGGUGCAAAUCGUUCACGAGAACCGAAGCCCUCUUGUCGAUUUUAGAGGCAAUCUUGCUGUCGGUAUUCGUGGCGUUCCUGACAUUUUUGAUCAUGCAUUAUCUGGCGUGUUCCGAACCGGAGAUCCGUCAAGUGUCCAUUCCACCAACUGAGUUCCCGCCGUUCUCGUCGUCCGUUUCAAAAUCAACGAGAACGACCCUAUCCGCCGACGUGCAGUGCACGUGGAAGCCGUCGCAGAAGACGGCGGCGACGACGCACUACUACGAGG